AGGAGAAGCAGAUUCUUUGAAUCCACUACCAGGAAAUUGCAGCCAGUUUCUAGCACAACGGAGCAUUUAAAGGAGAAGCAGCUUUUAAAAUCAAGAGCAUAACUAUGGGAAAAUCAGGUAUUCAGAAGCACUUGCUAGCACAAGAAUCCUCAAACACAGUCCUGAAUCUAGCAGUGGAAAAUGUGGAGAAAAUCUAGCAUGGGCUUCAUACGAUCAAUCAGGAAGCGAAGUAGCUGACAGAUGGUAUAAUGAAAUAAAGAAUUAUAAUUUCCAAAGCCCUGGUUUUUCCUCUGGGACAGGUCAUUUCACAGCAAUGGUUUGGAAGAACACAAAAAAGAUGGGAGUUGGAAAAGCAGCUGCGAGUGAUGGCUCCACAUUUGUAGUGGCUAGAUAUGAACCUGCUGGCAACAUUGUAAACUCUGGGCAAUAUGAACAAAAUGUUUUUCCACCAAAAAAGUAACAUUCUUUUUAUAACAGGUUAUAAAAAGAAAACUGAGAGUUAACCUGAUUACAUUGGAUAAACCACUGUUGAAUGGUACUUUAGUCUUUAAAUGAUUAUUUCAAGAAAUGUUUAAUGGACAAGCAGUUCUGCCUACAAAAUUGAUUCUUGUACCGAACCAUUCCUGAAACACAAUGAAAACACUGAAAGGUAUUGACAAAAACCAACAUAUGGAACAUACAUUUCAAGAAAUGUAACAGCAAAAUAUAUCGAAAUAACAGUAUUAAGAUCAUAAUAUUUUGAUAUUAAAGUUUGCAAGUAUAUUUAGAGGGUUUAUAUAAUUUCAUAUCUGUACAGAAUUCCCUCUCUAAAAUAUAUUUGCAAACUUUAAUAUCAAAAUAGUUUUAAUACUAUUAUUUCAUACAAUACAAGGAUUUCUAAAAAGAGGAAAGACUGGUUUUAAUUGCUUAUAAUUAAAUGCCCAUACGGAUUGAUUGUGUUGCCUGAAUGCACAUGAAAAAUAGCAAAUUCCUAACGUAAAUUGCAUGAAACUAUUUAUCUGGCGCAUCCGGUGUUUGUAGAUAAGCAUGGACUGGUAUAGUAGGGUUGUAGGCAUUCUGAAAAUAUAACUAUUUCCACAGAGCACAAAACUUAUUUAUCCAUUAGACUCUCAUCUGACUUCUUUUUCUUUUAUAUAAAAUGCAAGGACAGAUUAAAUUAAUAGUUUCAUUUCUCAGUCUGGAAGUUAGCUGAAGCUUACAGAAUUACUAUUUAAUAAGCAUCUCACUCUCUUUUUAUAUUGCAAAGACUUUGUGUCAGUGCAGUAUAUGGAGAGUGAGGAGCUGCUAUUAGGGACAGCUGGCAAGACUGGGAAAUCAGUUAGUAGUAAAUGAUGCAGCUGUUGAGGAAGUGCUCCAUUGCCACAAUAGUCAUAGCUUUUGCUUAGAAGCCAAACUUUUGAAAGGAAUUUUUAAAAAAACUUUAAAAGGUAAAAAAGUUUAAACUCUCCUGGUUAGGAUAAACAGAGACUGUUGAAAUAAAUAUAUUACCCAAGACAUUUUUUAAAAUUUGAAAUGGUGCCAAUUUUAUUCCCAUAUAAAACUUCGUAAGACUAGCAAAAAACUUUCAAUAGAUUUAUAUGGAGUGGGAGAAAACUUGAAAUAAAAUUUAAGAUUUUACAGAAUGGACCCAAUUAGCAAAAGAAAGCUCGGGACCAUAUUGGUUGGAAACAUAUGAAAAAGGCCUUCAUGCUGGAGUGGCUAGACAAUGGCUUAAAUUGAUGAUGAUGAUGAUGAUGAUGAUGAUGAUGAUGAUGAUGAUGAUGAUGAUGAUGAUGAUAUUCUUCCAUUCGAUCCUGUCUGGUUCUUGGGGACUGCCUGACCAAGCCCUGCAAUUUUCUUGGCAAGGUUUAUCAGAAGUAAUUUGCCAUUGCUUCCUUAUUAGGGCUGAAAAAAAUUGACUGGUCCAGAGCCCUAAAUGUCAUGGGUCCAGGCUAUUUGAGGAGCCAUCUCACUCCAAUAAGAAUUGCCUGUCCCACUUACUCCAGUGGAAGGAGCCUGCGAUAGACCCUGUCGGCCAAGAAAUUCCAGCCAGCAAUGUCAAAGAAGAGCCUUUUCUACUGUGGCCCCAGCCCUGUGAAUCGUUCUACGAUGAUCAGAAGCGAGAACUGUUCCAACUCUUCAAGCAUUCUGAAAGGGGAUCAAAACCCGAUUUUUCCAAUUGCCUUAUGAAGUGUUCACUGCUGGAAGUGGUUGAUAGAGUAAGAAGAAAUCUCAUCCCAAUGUCAUUUGUCUCCUUUAUUCUAGUUUUUUUAAAAUGUUCAAUUUUUAAAAUUGUUUCUAUACUUCUUAUUUUUUUCUGUAAGCCACCCAGAGUC